AUGCCGAAAGCCCAGAAGGGGAAACCAGCGGAGAAAGCCGUUCAUCCGUACAGCAGGAAGGCUGCGUAUCUGGCACGAGAGGAGCUGCGACUCAAGCGCAAAGAGAAGCACCAAAAUGACAAAGCCUCUCGCCUCAACAACAUAGGCGAAAAACUGAUGUGGUUUCAGGAACAGCUUGAUCCCACAAGGACAAAUUACUCAAAACAAGACGCAUGUGACAUAAUCGAAAGGUACCUGCAGAGAUUUGACUCUGAACUGGAACAGAUUGAGUUGUUGAAUGGAAUCAAAGGUCGUCAAGGUCGUCUUCAUGGAGCCAGAGAAGCAGUGAUCAAACAGACCAUUGAGAGAGAGCGGGCGCAGUUUGAUGGCGUCGGAUUUGAAAUCCCAGACAUCAUGAACGCAAAACAUCUAAAAAUGUUCAGAGAAUGGACCGGAGAUUUGAAAAAAUUACCAAAUAUUAAACUUCGGAAAGUUUCUAACAAAGGACUGGAGACAAAAGGUGACGUGCAGGAUAAGGAAUCAGAAGAAAAACUUGAAGAGGAUAAAGAAUCCUUAGAGGAGGUAAAAGGAGGUGAAGAGGAGGACUUGGAUGAGGAGCAGGAGGACAUGUUGUUAAUGUCAGACUGA